AUUAUCAAUCUUGUUCUCAUAAAUAUUAGGCUAGCAAACCCAAUUGAAAUUAUAAAAUAACUAGACCCAAAAGUCGUGGCCAGGAAGAAACCUGACCCAAAAUAAGUAAAUAACUGCCCAGUUUUAUUCUUCCAGGUACAGGAACAUGUGCUGCCUCCUUGCCGAUUGAUAGGUUGGUUCAUGGAGAAGGACCCCACAUUUUACUCUCUGCUUUAUUGAAAUCUCAAAAACUUGAGAAAAUAUAGAAACUUGGAAUUAAAUCAUCACAAAUAGUAGUGCAUCUCCAACCUAAAAUCCCAUUUUCAUUCCAAUCGGACUCCAUUAUGGGGGCUUCUGCGAAGGUAACGGCCUUUCUCCUCUUUGGCGUGUUUCUUCCGCAAAUCUGAUUGAGACAGAAAAAUGGCGUUGAUUAACAAUGCGAAGUCAAUAUUGACAACGUACUAUUAACCCGCAAGUAAAUAACGGAAGAUUUGACGUUCGCCUGAAAUGACCGAACAACGUCAUACACAUAUGCUCUUAGCAGCUGCUGCCAAGCUGCCUUUCUCCACAACCGACUUCAGUCUUCGUAUCGACGCAUACUUUUCUCUUAUUUUUCAUCCGAGCCCAGUAUUCGAAUCCAUUUCACGCUACAGAAGCUCUAAGUCGGAAGAGCUUUUUACUUGAUUUACCACACCGCACAUCGCUAUAUAGCACAAGAAAUCAAUCGAUUCAGUAUGCGGUGAACAGAAGACCAAAUAAAUAAUCAGUCGAUGAAAGACUCCUCCCGGUCAUCCCCGCCGCCUGCUCUUCCUUUUUUCCCUCCCCUCCGCCGGUACCUCCCAUCCGCCACGGUCAUCCUCCUCCUCUUCUCCCUCGGCUACAUCGCCGGCCUCCUCUCCUCUCCAUCCUCCACUUCAUCUGUAAACCCUCAAUUACAAUCCCACAUCCGAGAUUCCAAUUGCUCCUUGUCUCCACCGCACGACCUCUUCCGCUUCCACACCGACUGCGCAAAACCGAUCCCACACGACCGCGUUCUCCCCACCCUCCUCAACCGCCUUUUCAACAACACCUCCCCCUACUCCGACUUCCCUUCCCCUGAAACCGCCAACCUGCUCCUCCCCCCCGCAGCCCACCCCCGCGGCUGGGGCUCCACCAAGCCCGUCUUCUCCGACCUCAUCUCCACCAUCCGCCCCCUCACCAUCAUCGAACUCGGCACCUUUCUCGGCGCCUCCGCUCUUCACAUGGCCUCCCUAACCCGCAACCUCUCCCUACCUAAUUCACUCAUCCUCUGCCUCGACGACUUCCGCGGCUGGCCCGCCUUCCGCUCCCGCUUCGGCCGCCACGUACCCAUCCCCCACCACGCCGACUCGCUUCUCCUCCACCAGUUCAUGCUCGGAGUCUCCGCAGCCGGCGAGACCCACCGCAUCCUCCCUGUCCCUUUCUCUACCAGCUCAGGUCUAGCCGCGCUCUGCGAAUGGGGUAUCUACGGAGACCUAAUCGAGGUUGACGCCGGUCAUGAUUUUCAUUCCGCGUGGUCCGAUAUAAACAUGGCUUAUGCCGUACUACGACCAGGCGGAGUCCUCUUCGGCCAUGAUUACUACACCGCGGCCGACGAUCACGGCGUCCGCCGCGCCGUCACGCUAUUUUCUAAGGCUAAAGGGCUUAAAGUCCGGCCUCACGGCGAGCAUUGGGUUCUCUCGCCCAAGCCUGUUGAUUCCGUUCCGGUUUAAUUUCAUAGAUUAAAAAAAAAAUCAUUUUAUAAACAGAGUAUUAUCCCGUUUCUAGGGCAGUGUCGUGUAUGUAAUUAUGUAAAUAUUGUUACGGUA